UUCCUAGGUGGGUAUUGCCUUGGCCUCAGUCACAACCCAACAAGCGAACGGAAAAGUCAAAUUUUUUAAUUUCCCUACUUUUGACAAAGACGGUACAAAAAUUAGUUAAGAAACUUUUUGAAAAAAUAAUCGUCAAACAUGUCGGAUGUGGACGACACGGAGUUUGACACCGCGGACUCGGGCGCCUCGAAGACCUUUCCCAUGCAGUGCUCGGCCUUGCGGAAGAAUGGCUUCGUCAUGCUGAAGGGCCGCCCGUGCAAGAUUGUGGACAUGUCCACUUCGAAGACGGGAAAGCACGGACACGCCAAGGUCCACUUGGUGGGCGUGGACAUUUUCACCCAGAAGAAGUACGAGGACAUCUGCCCCUCGACCCACAACAUGGAUGUGCCGCACGUGAAGCGCGAGGACUACCAGCUGAGCGACAUCAGUGAUGAUGGCUUUGUCACCCUGAUGUCGGACAACGGGGAGAUUCGCGAGGAUCUCAAGGUUCCGGACGGGGAACUGGGUGGAGCUAUUCGCUCCGAUUUCGAGGAUGGCAAGGAUCUCCUCUGCACUGUGCUGGCGGCCUGUGGGGAGGAGUGCGUCAUCGCGGUGAAGAACAACUCUGGAUGAGGCGAGGGAGGGAGUCAAUCAGACUAAGGCGGAGGAACACUGAUUACAUAUAUUAAAAAUAAAACUCUGAAGGGAAAA